UUAAUGUUCCGUGGACGGGAUGGAAACGAAGUUGGAGUGUCACUCCUGAGCAAGAGUGUGGCUAUCUGAUUUCUGACAUAACAUGUAUCCUGAGGUCCAGAGCCUACAGACAACUCCAGCUGAGCACUAAAAAACUACCACUCCCAGCAUACUUUGCUCCCGCGCCCUCUGGGCUGUUUAAACCCCGGGCCGGAAACGGGGCCACACGUCAGCUCCAGCCUCUCGCCCGCCUUCCUCUCUCGUCACUUCCUCCGGCGUCGCAGGCUGUAAAGCGUAAGCGCGCCUCAGCCAAUCUAGAGGCGGAAGUGACGGCUGGUUGGCAGCCAUUAGCAGCUGCUGCGAAGCUGAAGCCAGGGUGGACUGUGCUUCAGGAGCCGCUGGUCCGUCCCUUCUCAGGGAUCACCGAGAGCUCAGCAGCAAGGCUGAGCUGUAAAGAAUGGAAGCUCAUACAUCUGUCGACAUGUUUUCAAAAGUCCUGGAAAACCAGUUGCUUCAGACCACCAAACUAGUAGAAGAGCGUUUGGAUGCUGAAAUUCAGAAAAUGGAUCAGAUGGACGAGGAUGAACUAGAACUCCUCAAAGAAAAGAGACUUAAGGCACUAAAGAAAACUCAACAGCAGAAACAAGAAUGGCUUUCAAAAGGACAUGGGGAAUACAGAGAAAUCCCUAGUGAGAGAGACUUUUUUCAAGAAGUCAAGGAGAGUAAAAAUGUGGUUUGCCAUUUCUACAGAGACUCUACAUUCAGGUGUAAAAUACUAGACAAACAUUUAGCAAUAUUGUCCAAGAAACAUCUGGAGACCAAAUUUUUGAAGCUGAAUGUGGAAAAAGCACCUUUCCUUUGUGAGAGACUGAAGAUCAAAGUCAUCCCCACACUAGCACUGGUGAAAGAUGGGAAAACGCAAGAUUACGUCACUGGAUUUACUGACCUAGGAAAUACGGAUGACUUCACCACAGAAACUUUAGAGUGGCGGCUUGGUUGCUCUGAUAUUAUCAAUUACAGUGGAAAUUUAAUGGAGCCACCAUUUCAGAGCCAAAAGAAAAUUGGAACAAACUUCACAAAGCUGGAAAAGAAAACCAUCCGAGGAAAGAAAUAUGAUUCGGACUCUGAUGAUGACUAGGAGCAGUUACAGUUCUUUGUAAAGUGUCUUUUCAUUUCUCCUUACUUUAGAAUUAGAUGUGUUUUCUAAAUUCUGUUGGUUUUGAUACAUUGGUCAUCUAAUGGUCGUAUUCUAGUUUUAUACAGUUGCACCACAUUGAAAGACAUCUUUAAUAUUUUCUCUGUGGAACUCACGUUUAAAUUGAGGAAAACUGCUGAGUUCUUAAAUUAUCUGGGUAGGAUCUGGAUUCUCUAUUUUUGCAAUUGAUUUUAUCACAAUAUGAUUUUUACGUCUUUAUACCAUUCACAGUUGUUUUUUUUAAUUCACUGGAUUGGAAACAAAUUCAAGGAACUAUUUCAGGACUAAUUCUCAUGCAUUGUUUACUUUAUACAACAGGUCAAGUAACAGUUAUUGGUGUAACAGACUGCACUUGUAAAUGAAUGAUAAACACUUCACGUCUGGAAUAUGUUUGCAUAACUAUUAAAGAGCUGCUUAUUUA